AUGGCUGGUCGGAGAGGGCAGAGACGCGCGAGUCCCCGGCUUCCAUUAGAGGAGACGGUGUUAUUCCGUCUGUGGCCUCCCCAUGGCCCUCUCGCUGUGACCCACCAGGGAGCGAGUCGCGCAGCCAGCCUCGCCGACUUCUUCUUCAGCAGCUCAAUGAAAAAAAACCUCGGCGCAUCUGAGAGAACGAGGAGGCUCCAGACGGGCACUCGGGCUGCUGGGUUUUUUGAUCCGAGCACCCCGACAAAGAGGCGGCGAGCGCGGGACACUCUCGGCAUCCCAUUAGCCUUUGAGUUGAAAUGUCAGACUCGCGGCUGGCCUAGUUCAGACCCUUCCCCCUAG